AUAUGACAUUUGACAGAACAAAAGUCAAAAGCUCAGAUGUGACACUAACAGCAUAUAAUAGGUUAGGAAAUAAGCAAAUAAAGUAUUUAUAAAUAUAGUCAAUUAGUUCAGUUUUAUACAUAGAAGUGAUAAAACAUGAAUAACGUCAUAAAAUUUGCACAGUCGGCUAUAAUUUUACCACAAUGGUCACCAAUAUUUGCUUCCCAAUUUCACACAUCAUCCGCUCUGUGUCGAGUGGUGUCAGGCAAAUACAGGAUAACGAAGAAACGAGACAAACCUCUGACAUAUGAGAUGGCCAAUCCCCCACAUUAUAUCGCUCAUAGAAAAACCUGGAACUCUUGGAAUACUUCUAGUUUAAAAGAUGGCCUUAGAAAAUCAGAGACGGCAGUUGAAGAUGAGUUUAUAAGAAGAUUUAUUAAUGGAACCUGGCAUGGACUUGUUUGUAGUGAGGUAAUAAUAAAACGGCAGUUUAAUCAUAUAAGAGUGGCCGUUAUCAUCAGACGGGCCGUCUCACCUACAAAAAUGUAUUUCCUUCUUGGAUAUUCAGAGGAGAUGCUGUCCAAUUGGAUACAGUGCCCUGUGACCUUGGAACUGCAGACGGUGGACAGCUACCAGGAUGUGGUCUUUAAAUACAUUUAGACUGUGUGUUGUAGAAUAGGAAAAUGAAUAGAUAAUAUUUUGAUGUCGUUUCAAUUAUUCAUUAGUGCUAAUUAAAUUGGUUGCCAAAUUUUCAAA